AGCUUAUUCGUUGCUAUUCCCUCGAUGAUGAGCUUUCGAUGGCCAUAUUCCGAAAGUCCGGGUUCAGGGUACUGGGGUGUGCCCAGCUCUAACCACAACUUCUGCGAAGAGGACUAUGUAAUCACCCACUAUAUCGCAGAGUUUGUGAACACACUCACCAAUUUGACCUAUGUCAUCUAUGGUAUCCAUGGUCUUCGCAGAGUGCGCCCCCAAAAAGAGGGCGGGUUGUUCUCUACACUCGCAUUUCCGUAUUGGGGGCUGAUCAGUGUUGGUGUGCUCUCGGCAUGGUUCCAUGCUACGCUCAACUACCAUUCUCAAAUGGGCGAUGACCUUUCAAUGUUCGUGGCUGUAGGAGCUCUGCUCCACCAACUCCUCACGUGGAACAAAACCUCUCAACAGCGUCUCUUUAUCACCUUCAUCAUCCUCGGGACAGUCAUUCCCGUCUCGAUCUACCAUUGCUGGACCAACGAAAUCAUCGUACAUGAGAUUGUUUUCGCAAUUAUGGUCGUGCUUGUGGGUCGCAAGAUCCGACAAUUAAUUCGUGAACGUGUAAAGAACGCUGGGGCGAAGGCUAGGUUGGUCAGUAUCGCCAACUGGGGUUUGGGCUCGGGACUCUUCGGCUACUUCCUCUGGAAUAUUGACUAUCACUUCUGCAGCCACGUGUCACGCUUCCGUCAUGCUCUAGGCUUGCCAUGGGCCUUCAUAUUCGAGCUCCAUGGCUGGUGGCACAUAUUCACCGGCAUAGGAGCAUACAUGGGUAUGGCGUUGGUAGAGUACCUUGUCACACUACAGGAAGGGAAAACGGAUGGCGUCGAGCAGGGGUUUGUGUGGCCUGUCCGCUCCAUGCUGAAGAAUGUGGGCGAUGUAGGCGCCGAGGCAAAGAAAGGACAGUAGUGUGCUGAGUCCUGGUCUAUUGUAGGUGGAUGAAAGAUAGUGAAGGAAGAGUUUCGGCCGUUGCGUCGAUGAUGGCGAGAGCAGAAAAAGCGAGAGGAAUAAUGGUAGCUGCCAUGCACCCCGGGGUCGGUGGUCUUGACGUGGUGCAU